AUGAAGUCGACACUCUUGACCAUUGCGCUGGUCACGCUUCUCUGUGCCGUUCAAGCAACUUUCGCGAAGGUGGCCGAACAACCCCUAACCGAACUGCCUCUGGAUACAAUUCAACUGGUAGGACGGAGUAUUUGUCAUCUGCCUGUUAAGUUUUGCUCCUUUAUAAAAAACCUCUUGACUGACUACCUGGCACUUACUACUCCUCUUGUGCCUAUUUUUAAAAAGGAAUCAGGAUUUAUCGGAAUGCAUUCAAAGUAAGCGACGCCCUACAUUAGGUGGGCUAACUUAUGAAAUGUCAACCGAAAUUUCCAAAUGCAUUCGCGUCUCGAAAAGAUUGAUUAAGUAUGUUUGUAAAAUUCAUCAUCAUACAGCAUAAUUCUAUGGUGAUCCAGUUACCGCAGGGAGCCUACUUUCAAAUGGACUUAUUUUCGACUGCAUGUAAGAUGUAUACUCUGCAAAAAAUGGCCUCUUAAGUAGCAUGCAAUUUUCUCAUUGAUUUUCGAUGCCUAAAAAGUGCAAUUAUAUUUCCUGAAAAAAUGUAUAAAAAUAUUCCUUUUUUGCUUAUUCGGUAGGAAAUAACGUCGUCUUUCAAUUUUAUACUCGAAGAAGGAGUAUUAUUCGGUUUUAAAAAGUUUCUAAUUGUGAGAUUGUUUAAUACCAUAAAGUGGCCAUUCAAAUAGCAUCAUGUAUCUGCAUUUAGCAAUGUGGUCUGUAAAGUUAACAAUAUUGCUCAAAUCCACCGUUUAAUUUUAUGAACCCAGUAUGAGCUCCUCUUAAUACUGUAGAAAAAUGUGUGGUUUUCUGUACACGAAAAAAAUAUGGCUUGUAGUUUCGGAACCCUAAAUGCAAGUAUAACAACAGGUCGGGUUCCAAAUUAUUCGGGAAUCGGAAAUAAUUUUUAAAACCGAAUUAUACUCUUCUGUCGAGUAUAAAAUUAAGAAAAAGACGUGAUUUUCUACCGAAUAGAUAAAAUAAUGGAUAUUUUUGUCCAGUUCUUUCAUGAAAUAUAAUUGAACUCUUAAGGGCUUCGAAUAUUAAUGAGAAAAUUGCAUUCUACUUAAGUAGUCAUUUUUGCUGAAGGCAGUUUUUACAUGAACUCGGAAAUUAGUUCAUUCGAAAGCCGGCACCCUGCGAUAAUUGGGUCAUUACAGAAUUAUACUGAACAAUAAUUAGUUUUACAACCCUACCUAAUUAAUCUUUUCGAAACGGAAACGCAUUUGGAAAUUUCGGUUGACAUUUCAUGAGUUAGCCCACCUACUGUAAGUGAGGUCGCAGCACUGAAAAGCGCGAAGUAUCAGAUUAAGUCAUGAAUUUUAGCUUACUGAUAGUGACAGGUAACUUUAAUAGUCACCUGUGUAUGCCAAACUCCAGAUACUCCACUGUCUAAUUCAUGUAUAUACAUAAUAACAUGAAGGUCACCACUAUCGAGAUACUCAACUCUCCUCCUGUGCGCCUGUGGCUGGCGUCAAGCCAUACUAAAAAUCGGAUGCUUCAGCUGUAAAAGGCACCAAUAAAUCCUAUGUGUCUUACAGACCGCAGUGUAAGGGUUUUAAACUGAAAGAAACAAGUUAGUUCCAGUAGUUAAGUGACAUUGACACCUUAGCGGAAACGUUUUGAUUGCUUAUUUGCAUGCGUUUGCUCCAAGGAUAUUCAAUGUUUGUACAAAGGAAAGCAUAGCUCUUUAAGAAGAGGGAAUUCAAGUCGUUUCUCUUGAUCCUGCCGAGGAUUAUUGCAACUUUGUAAAUUAUUUUGCUUAGACAGAUGGACUAGUUCAUAUUUUGGAAUAGAUAAAUACUUGCUCUCUACUUAUUUAUAGUGAAAAACUUUUUUGCUCAUUGUGAAUGUUUAAAAGAGCGCUCUGUGUGCAAUCUUGGAAGCAAAUUCGUAAAUCAUUUCAUAUUUCUAUGAAGUAUAUUGCUAUCACUUACCUCUUUAAAUACUAACCAUGGUCCAUGUUGAACACUUUAAAUGUAACAUGAUAUAGCUAACUGGAAAAAAACUACGUGAACAAUCCUGCGAUCAUAGGAAAAAUUCAUCUAACUACAAUCUUCUCACAACAGAACACUUCAUUAUUUUGAGAAUUUGCUUCAGGUAAAACGUGUUUUUGGACGGAAUUCCUAUAAGUUGUAAUCAAUAAAAAGUACUCGUUACUGAAGUUGGUGUUUUUUUUAAUAUCAAAAUGCGGUUUGCAGUGACGGCUGCAAAGUCAGUUAGCUAAAAAUAAGCAAGUUGCCGUGCUUAAGUCAAUUUAUACUAAUUUUAAUUCAAUUCGUGUUGUAAAUUCCCUUGAAUAAUGCUGGCUACUUAAGAGAAUGGGGAGUUCCUGUUCUACAGAUGGCCUUUCUUUAAGUUCCAGGGGGUUAAGCGCCAGAGUUAAUGUCCGGGCUAGGGGGGUUAGGGUUAGAUUUAUGGGAAUAAAUUUGAGCUAUUGUACCAGAUAUCCCCCCUCGUAAUUCAGCGAGACCACCUGCGGUACGAAGGGGAGGGGGUAAUUUUUCUGCGUCCGACCUGAAAAAUGUACUUUAAAGUAUCCUUGCAGUUAUGGCAUCUAGUUUAGCCAUGAAAUCUGCCUUUGGUCGACUAAAACUUCCGUCCGGAACCUGUCAUGUCCCCUCUACAGAUCCCUGAUCGUAGUCGAAAGGAAGGUCGGGAGGCUUUGCGUGCUCUGGGUGCUGAAAGUGAGACCGAUCUGCAAAGACACACCUUCGCCUACAACGCCGACCUCUACUCAAAUUGGACGGAGUGGGGCAACUGUUCACGCUAUUCCUGCAAGCAGCUUCGUUUCCGUCAGUGUGUCGACGACUCCUUCACCAAACGCGUCGCUAACCCUCGAAGACGGAACUUCUGUCCAUUCAAAUACAUCAGGGAGGAAAGAAGGUGCCCAGAUGCAUCAGAGUGCCUUGAAAACGGUGUGUGGAAUAUUAUCAUUUUUAAACUUUUUAACCACCUGCUUGCGUGAUUUCUGCCGGUAUGUAAAAAACUGCUGAUUGUCAGUUAUUUUACGGCAUCGUUACUAAUCAGGGUGGACGAAACGGACACUUUUUUCCGAUCUGUCUGUAGCGCCAUCUUGUUUAGUCGGUUUAAGUCAGUUUAUUAAGGGAAUGAGGCCUUCACCCUUGAGCUCCCUACUCAUAUCAAUAAACAGAAGUAGAAUCAAUUGUUACAUCAGUAAAUCUGAAAGUUCAGAAGUUAACGGUAAGUGUGAGUCAGGUGCGAACUGCCGCCACUAACACAACCGUGAUUAUAUGUACAGUAGUGUCUCAGUAAAUGAGCGUCUGAUCUGCACUUAAAGGAUUCAACAGUUUUGGAAAGGACCACCGCAUCAGGGUGCCCAUUCCAUGCUGCAAUGGCCCCCAUCGUGAGGGCGUUCCAUCGGACGUCCGUAUGAGCCAGCUUUCUCCGUAGUUUAAAGGGUUGGCCAUGCAGACGACCAGUCCCCGCCAAUGUGAGGGAUCCGUCAAAAUCUAGGGCACAUUCACGGCCUCUGACAGUCUUGGAGGUUUGAAUGAGUUUGCCUGUAAUUGAGAGGAAACAGAUCUAGUUCGGCCAGCCUGGUUUUCUAAGGCAGAUUCUUGACCAUCUUCGUAGCUAUCGUCUGUACUCUCUCCAUGUUGCAAAUUUGCGUGCCCCUUUUUUUAAAUAUUCUGAUUUUCCAGCUUCUGCUUUAAGGGAGUGUUGUUGAUUAAGUCAUCAAUGUUUCAUCCUGCUAAAUUGUUAUAAGUAGCAUAAUAUUCUCAAGUUGCUGAGUUGCAGAUUCCAAAAGGUGUAAAUUCAGAAUUUAAAGUUAUUUUCACUUCCUUUUCACCCAACCCGAAUGUUAGGCUGUCCAAUGGCCCGAUGUUCUGCAUAUCGAUCCAAUGAGGAUUUCUGUUAUAAGCAUGCUUAAAGGAAUUUUAAAAUUUUGUAAGCGGAAUGACAAAUAAGUAAAUAGUCGUAUAAUCCCAGACUCCACAGAAGACUAGCAAUGCAGUUACAGCAUUCACUUUGAUCAUCUACCAACGGUACUCCCGCGACCGAUCUGCAAUGAAGACCGUGGAUGGCCACACACUGCUGAUUCAGACCCCCUCGGAGACAUGCGUUUUCAUGAACAAUGAACGUAACUGGUGAGGAAAGGUCUUCGCCCUACACGGGAGGACACUUUUUUGCUUCUUGGUGAUUAAUGCUGUCUAACAUAACUCCCAUCGAAAACCGAGUUCGGUGGACGCUGGCAGUACGAAUACGUGAGAGCUUAAAAACUGGCCUAAGAUAAAUGCGCCACUACAGUAAAAGGGCUUGCAAACAAGUGUAAACUGUCGAUUGCGCAAGAGCGCACCUUAGGAGUAACGCGUUCUUAGUGAUUUAGUAACUCACAACCAACCACUGAGAGUCAGUAAUUAAGAAUAUACAGUUUCUAGUGCGGGAGAAAGAGCACCACCAUGGUUGCGGUUUUUCGCUUUGUGGGUUAUGCUAUUCAUCUGUUUAAGCGUCGGGGUUAAUUUAUUUUUUCAAUAAUGUGCGUCAGUUUGUGAUGACCAGUCGAUGCCUGUUUGUAAUGCAGGUUCCGUCCAGCGUGCAUCCGUUGCAGCUAUAUCGAUCCGCUAUUAUGUGUAUUUGAUCGCAAUAUGAUAAGACAUAAUCGGUUUUUACCGUCAUGAUCGAAUUUAAUAUUAGCUGGUCCUGCCAGAAUUUUUUCCAACACCAGUGACCGACCUCAUGAAAUGCUAGUCGAACCUCUGAAAUGUGUUUUCGAUCAGGGGGGGUUAUUUAUGUGGGACUGCUCGUCUUUUCGACAGCUUGCAAAAACCAGACUCGGCAAAAAUGAUCGCUUAAUUGAUAUAUACAAAAUGGAUACAGCUUCCUCGCAUAUUGUGCUGGAAGCAAAUAUAUCUUUUGAUUUUUUAAAAAAGGUUUUUUGGUUCUCGAAUGAUUUUGAACUCAAUCUGCACUGUACCUGCGCUAAGGGUCUCGAGUCUAUAAACUGUAUACUUUUUAUGUUAAAAAAUCCUUUUAAAUCACUAAGAAGAUAUAAUACAGGGCUCAUAAAAUGUUGCAAUGGACGAGGCUCAUGGUGCAUACUUUAGGAGGAACAUUAUUGAACAGAGAAUUACAAUAAUAUUUGAAUGGAAAUUGCACGGUCUUAUAAAUUUCAUAAGAAAAAUUUGUUUAAAAACAAAAGACACUUUCUCCAAGCAAGAAAAGUUGAAAAAAAACGUGGGUUUCCACUUUGUGGUUACAAAAAGGGACAUUUUAGUAAAUUCCUUCGAAAAAUGUAUUUGCAUUGUUAAGGGCAUCGGAAAUCCAUAAAAGUGCAUAUCAGUUAAGUGACCGUUUUUUGCCGCGUACAGUUUUUACAGGAGGUCGAAAACAUGUACAUUUGAUGGCCAACGUCCAGGCGUAUUCUGAUUAACGUGGGAUUUUGCCGUGAGAUAAUCAAUACUACAGUCCCACAUAAGUAAUAUUUCUAUUUCAGAAUUUCGGGUAACAUUUUAUGAGCUCAGCCACUAACCACACAUGCUGUUAUCUGAUGUGAUUCUACUUCCAGGUUGGUCGAGUCAUGUCUCAUGUACAGCAGUAGCUUGUAAUUUGGUGUCUCGUCUUCAUAACAGUAACAGUAUCCGUGCGCUUUGCCUUUCCCUCUCUUCUACAGCCGGACCGUCGGAGACGCUUCGACGUCUUUCUCUAACUUGUGGUAUUCGCCCCGCGACGGAAGCAGCACAGUCCGGCGGUCGUGCUGCCAAAAGAAACAUGUGGCCAUGGCAUGUGAGUGAGACGUCCUCUUCCACUCCUUUUUGACCGGAAACUUUCGAGUGACCACACAUGCACUGAUGGUUAUCUCCACAUCAUGCCAUAUCUGACUCCUAUGCAUAUAUUUUUUGGUUCCAAAUUCGGUCCCGCCAUGACGGAAUAGAUAAAGGAAGACGUAGGCAUGUCAGGUGAAUCAUUCAUUAUUUUUAAUCAGGGAAUUCCUCUUUGAAAUCAUAAUGAAUCGCUCAGGAUAUCACAAGACAAUUUAACCACUGUAACCUAAAAUGACUAACAGAAGGUGAAGUAGUGUUUCCUAUAAAAGCAUUUUGCUGGAUACUGUACAUUUCAUCUCUUUGCCAUCUCUUUUCAUUUUGUUGUCAUACGAUGAUUAGACUGUAGGGAACAUGGAAAUUUACAGGUGGCUAGGAUGCGGUUUAAUGUCUUUAUCCAGUGCUAGAUAACUUAUUGCAGUCACCAUAUCAUUAAGAAUCUUUAGCGUUGUAUAAUCACAGUAGAAGGGGCACAAUCAACUGCUAGUUUAGUCGGGAAGUAUAAAUCACAGAUAUCUGCAAAUAACAUUAUUGACCUCUGAGGAAAGUAAUAUAACGUUAUUUGGUCGCCACAGGUGAGGUUAUACAAAGCCAAGUUCCCUAAAGACGAGGUGGAGGAAGAUGAUGCAGAGAAUAACGACGGUUACGACGAUGACAUUGCUGAUGACGACGAGGAGUCAUCAAGCCAGCCUGUCGAAUCUGAGCAACAGCUGGUGUGCGGAGGUAGCCUACUCUCGCCAUCUUGGAUCGUGACAAGCGCUCACUGUCUCCGCCCAAUUCUUCUAUCAAAGCCUGUGCCGCUUGGAGUACCCUUUAAUCUUUCUGGUAUGGUUGCUCGCGUUGGUGGACAGCCUCGCGCACAGAAGGAUUCUCAGGGGAGCGAGUACAGAGUUGAAUCAGCAGUCAUUCAUCCCGACUGGUACCCUCGAUUCCACGGCCAGAGUGGUUUUGAUAUCGCCCUGUUGAAGCUUGCAGUUCCGGUGUCCCCAGGUGAAAAAGUUUGCUAA